CUUGAUAAGUGUCCCCGAACCCCCACAAUCCAGGUCUUGAUCUAAGACCCUUAACCAAUUUUUCCAUAUAGUACCUAUAUAUCCUACUCUUGACCGUCUUAUCCUUCUUCUUCUUCUUCUGGAAUCCUAGUUUUUGAUCUAGCUAUAUUUCCUCACAGUACUGGACUUAUCAAUUCUGCACGAGACGUUCUCAAAAGUCGACAACAUGCUAGUCGAUCCAGUUAUGCCUCAGUAUACAAAGCUGAGCAGCUUGCUCCCAACUGCAACUGCCCAUCCAUCUGUGGCCCCAAUUCCCACAGUUAUCCCAGACCUGCCUGUUUACCAGGAAUUAGGCCAUGCCGGACAUGUCGCCCUUUGGGUAGGCUUCAUUAUUAUGCUGCUAUCCACUCUCGCCUUUAUUAGCAUGGCCUGGCGUGUCCCAGUGGAAAAGCGUGUGUUCCAUAUUAUAGCGACCUUCAUUGCGGCAUUCGCGACUAUCUCGUACUUUGGCAUGGCUACUGGAGGAGGAAAUUCUUUCGUGCAUACGAUAGCCUCGAAGUACCACAAACACACCGAUCCAGUACACCAUAUUGAUGUCUUCCGGCAACUAUUUUGGGCCAGAUAUGUCGACUGGCUCCUCACGACUCCUUUGAUACUUCUCAGCCUUGCACUCCUUGCUGGACUUAAUGGCGCCGAUAUCCUUGUCACUCUCGUGGCAGAUGCCGCCAUGAUCCUCACCGGCCUUUUCGCAGCUCUCGGCGAGACUAAGGGGCAGCGUUGGGGGUUCUACACCAUUGCGUGGCUGGCGUACCUCAUUGUGGUCUAUCAACUUGUCGUUGGGGGCCGACGUAACGCAUCCCGGAGAGGAACUGGAACCGCCAGGCUUUUCGGUGCCGUUGGAGGAUUCAUUCUUAUCUUGUGGACAAUCUACCCAAUUAUCUGGGCUCUCGGGGCUGGAAAGGGCAAAUUGUCAGUUGACUGCGAGAUCAUUUGGUACGUUGUACUGGAUGUGCUGGCCAAGCCGGUAUUUGCUAUUUGGCUCUUGUCCACUCAUGCUCGAACGGCUCCGACCAUUGAGGGAUUCUGGAGCCAUGGCCUGAACAAUGAGGGCGCUCUGCGUCUUGAUGAUGACGAGGCUGCUUAAAUGGAAUGCCUCGAGAAACAAAAUAUUAAUAAUUUGAAAAUUAUUGGCCGGCGGAUAGGAGGUGGAGAUGAGGAAGCAUGAACGUUUGGCGCAGUUGCUUGGUUCUCUUUAGCAAACCACUGCCUCAAAGGGAUUUUUUUUAACGAAAACUAGCAGUUUUAUAUGAACAAAUGCAUAUUUUUCUACUGGAACUUUUCAUGAUAUACUGUGAAUCGAAUUUCAUUCUCCAAACGCUAGUCUCCUGUCUGAUGGUGCAUAUAUUACCUUGGCGUUUCGGCCAGGGAAGCAUACUCCUAG